GUCUUUAUUUAGGUCAGUGAAAAACUGUCGCUUCCCUGUAUGACCGGAAAUGCACAUCAAGGUCUAAUUAGAGCUGUAUAGUCAACACACAUGAUAUCCUGAUGAGAUCUGAACUCGUAAUCACUUAUACGUUUGUUUCCAUGCUGAUAUUAAUUUUAUUCUUUCAGAUCGUCGUUGGUAGCAGCAGCAGCAACGACAAACAGUUCUCUGUGGUGCAUCGUGUCUCUGGUGUGGGGUUGGUGACAGCCAGAAACUUGUGGCAAUGAUUGUGCUAUUUGGGGAAAGAAUGCUCCAAUGUCUUGAAUGAAGGAGUUGUGAGGCAUAAAGCCAUCUCUUACACUGGUUUUCAGUCAGCAAAGCCAGGGAGGAAAGACUCCAACAAGAAAUCUGUAUUCAUCUUUAUUUUUAUUUCAUGUAAGCAGGGUCGCAAAGGUCAGUAUCGUCAUUCAAGUGACACACAUCCCUAUUCUUCAACUGAUGAGACUGGCUGUCGCAAGUAAGCAGUUCACUUCCGUUUGCUUCCGCACUGAGAAGUAGAUCGGCGACGGUGUAGGGAGAAUUUGACGAAGUUCAAUCUUUUUCCACUCUUUUGUAACAUCCAGUUUCAUUUCCUCUUAAGUCCUUUAUACAUACACUUUAUCUAGCUUAUUUCAGUAGUAGUCUUUGUUAAUAUCAACCAGAAAGAGUCAAUCCAUGGAAAUAUAGCGCUUCGAACUGAACACCACGUUUGUUCCGGCUAGCACGCAUACCGUCACGUGAUCACGAAGCUCCGCCCUAAUGGGGCGUGUCUUUGUAGUACAUUUCUGCCGAAACUAAGGCACUUCCAGUUCCUCUUCCGGAUUGGAAAACAGUCUAGAGGUGACAUUUUAUAAGCUAUUUCUAGAAGUCAGUCACUACUGUCUCAGAGAUUGAACAGUUUUAGUCGUAGUUGUAGUACAUACAGGACGACGAGCAGGAAUAAGUUUGGUUAGCUGUCGUCGUACCCAUGUCAUCAACUGAAGCCUACACCACGCCCAGCUAGUCCAACCCUACACACAGGUGUCACAUCCUGACAUUUAUUAAAAAUUAUCGUUAAUAUCUUUGGAAGACAUGGUCACGUGUGUGGCUUGUGGGGUGUGUCUAAUGAUGAUCGCCAUGUUGACUCGUGGUGGCCUGGCCUCUGAUGAGACGUGUGCAGACAUGGAAUUUGAAGGGUUGACUCAAGAUGUUACUGUCAGCGUCGAAAAGGACACUUACAUCAACGUGACCUUUCUCCUUAACACGUCCAAGUGUCCGGAAGAUGGAAACUCCUUCCGGGUCAAGGUGUUGGCCAAUCAGGGAGGCUUUAGCGUCAGUGUCUGCGUCUUCGUCAUCAAGAAAACCAGUUGCAGUGUCACGGAAAAGUCCGAUGUUUGCUAUUGUUUACUGGACACUGAAGGCUGGGCCCGCGUGUUUCAUUUGCCGAAUGACACGGGGCUGGUGACUUGCAUCUUUAGGUGGAGUGGACAUAACUCGGCCACCAUCAAGUUUGAUGUCUUCAAUCCUACUACAACUCACUUCUUCACGACGGCGGAGGAAACUUCCUCUACAUCAACUGAAGAAGAUGUAGAAAAUAAAGAUGUAGAAAAUACAAACAUAUCGUCAGGUACAGUAACUGCAAGUACAACAAAGAGCAAUACUUCCACUGAAGACAAGACUAAAAUAGGAAUUGCGGCUGGCACUAAAACAACUUCUCCAGGGUUUGCCGAGACCAAAAGCGAAGGCGACAACUUUCAAGUGAUUUUCUUUACAAGCAUUAUCACUGCCUUAGUCAUCGGCGUGCCUUUCGUCGCAGGAAUCGUCAUUUAUGUUUGUAGAGUCAAAAAGAAAAGAAAAGGUAUGAGCAGAAUAUCACAGCCUGCAGUCACAUUGUUAUUAAAUUUUUCACACAUUUUUGAUAUUUGUUUUAAAUUGGUUAUUCAUAUUUCAUAUACAUACACACGUCGAAGCAUCAUUAUACACAGAAAAUGGCUCAAACACGUCUUCAUAAAAAGUAUAUGGUCACAUUUACCGAAACCUGCUCCGAGCUCUACCAUUUUUGAGACCCUAAGCUCUUCCUGAUACUAAGCUCGCACGAGAUGUUGGAAACUGCGAGAACCUUGAUCGGCUUAAUCCGGGGAUUUUUAAGACUUGAUGGUCACGUAGUCCUCAACCAAAGGUGGGUGCUUGAAAUUAUGUUAUUUAUUUCGUGUGCGCAUUUAAAUAUUUUGUUGUUUAAAAAAAACUGUUGUCUUAUCUACACUAAUACAAACGUUGUUCAAAGACCUUCUUUAGUGCUGAUUAUAAAUAAUAUGAAGUGUAGUAAACUUAUAAUGGUCAGUGUGCGAAGCGGUAUUGAACAUUGGCGUGUUUGGACAUAGGACAUGUGAGAGAUGCUAUGUUUGUUUGUGUACAAGUAAUCGCGCGCAUUUGUAUUAAAUUUAAAGCUUUCAAGGAAGUGUUAUACAUUACUAAAUACUGGCAAUUAAUAAUAGUGAACACUGCAUUACAGUUUACACACAUUCGAAUCCCGACUGUCCUGUUAAAGGUACAGCUACCACUGCUGAACUUUCCUCUACACCGACUGACGGAGGAGUGGACAAACCAGAAGUGACAUCAGGUACAGUAACCAUGAGAACGGCAGCGAGAGUGACUCCCCCUGUGGAUGAGCCCAAACACCCAGGUGACAACUUUUAAGUGAUUUUCUGAGUUGGCAUGAAAUCUCGGAGACUGCGAUAAGCAAUGAAGCUUAAUUAGCUUAAUCCGCGGAUCUUUAUACUUUGCUGGACAAGGAUCACGGACUGGAGGUGGGUACGCGGACAUUUUAGUUUCGUUGGUGUAUAAUUUUGAAUGUGUAUUUUAAAUAUUUUGAUUUUUGUCUCUAAAAUAUAAUGUGGUGCAUUAUCCAAACUGAUAUGACCUCUUGUGAUCCUCUAGCACAGACCUGGGCAAACGCCGGCCCGCGGGCCGGAUCCGGCCCGCCUCCUGUCUCUGACCGGCCCGCCCGCUGGCCGCCCACCAAUCACAGGCUUGGUAAACCAGCUUUUAAAACCAGCAGGCCAAGUGGUGGUCAGGUCAGCCCAUAAGGCUAUUUCCAUUCCUUCCUUUUCCACCAACCUCACUCCUUGCUGUCCCUUCCCACACCCUAUACUUCAUCAAUUUUCUUCUUUUAUCCCAGACAUUCUCUUUUACCUUCUUGUCAUGAUUUCAUCAUUUCUAACCUCUUCCCUUCCCACAAACCUUCCAAUCGCCUCCCUAUUUUGCCCUUCUACACACCAAUUUCCAAACCUUCUCAACUUUUCACCUCUACCUCUCACACUUUGCUACCCUCAAACUCCCUCUCUCUCCUUUCCUUGCAAAUCCAAUUUUACCCCUUUCUCUCCCCCUCCCCCUUUAUUACCUUUUCCUUUACAUCAAACCUUUCCAAACCCUUCCUUCCACUUACCACCCCAUUCAUUCACCUUCUCUUCCUUCUCACCCCUUAUGGCCUUCCCACCUUAUCUUCCAAACUUGCCUUUUUUUUAUGGCCUUCAUGUUCUUCCAUCACUUCUACACCCCUCAAGCUCUCAAAUCUUUUUCUAUUCCCUUCCCUUUCUGCCUAAUUCCUCACCAUCACACCUUUUCCCAUCCUUUCUCACCCCCUUCCAACCUCAUCUCCUAUGUUCUGUUGGUUGGGAUGUCAUGGGAAAGAUGGUGUGAGAAGGAACGGGACGGGAAGGAAGGGUGGGUUCCUAACCUUCCCGACUCUUUUCACAUCAUCUUUCUCAUCCCACAUCUUUGCGCCUCUCCUGGCCUCUUUUUCCUAACAUUAAGGAAAGAGGGUGUCAGAAAGAGAUGUAGAGAGGUGGGGAGGAAUAGAGCCCAGAUGGUAGGGGGAAGGGGUGGAGGGGUUGAGAUGGGAAGGGACCCACUCUCCCUUCCCAUUCUAACCCUCUCCGCCUCUUUCACCCCUUCCGUCUCUUUUCAUCCUUUUCUUCACAUACCUUCUCUACGUCCUCCUUUCCUUUCAUUUCUUCUCUUUCCUCCUUUUUUUCUCCUUUCCACCUCUUCUCUCUCCACCCUUCUUCUUCCUUUCCUACUUCUUUGCUUUCUAUCCCCAUACUCCCACCACUCCUCCUUUCUCUCUUCCACCAUUUCUUCUUUCCCACCCUUCCGGUUUGGCCCAGCUUCCGUCUCUUCCUUUGACCCUUCCUGCCAUCCUCGUCUUACCCUUUCUCUUCCAAAUGUCAUAUGAUAACUAGGAAUAAGUCGAGCUGAUGUAAACAGACUGUCAGAAGGUGGAAUGGGUAACAGUGGGGAUGAGUUAGCGGUUGCGGCGGCGACACAGUAGUCAGCCUCUGGCGGUACUGGACUGUCGGAUGGACAAAAGGCCAAGAAGCCCCACCAUAGUUUAUCUCUCCUGGAAUCAGUAGGCCUGUGAACCUCGGACCGCUUACGUCACGACAGACAUAACGCAGGGUCAGGUGGGACUGCGGGACUAUCACAGAGUGCACAACGUUUCAUCAUCAGCAGUUGUCUGGUCGCAGACAGCAGAGCUCGAGGCUGGUAGAUAAGCGUUGGUCCUCAUUAGGCGUGGUCAAGCUCUGACCGCUGUCACGGCCUAAGAGGUGAGGACGAGACACGUGGUGGCACAUGGCAGUGCCAGAGUCUCUGCGCUGUUGACGGAGGCCGCUACGAUCGACGGGGUGACAUCAAAGGACAGAGGCUGGUAGAUAAGUGUUGGUCCUUGUUAGGCGCUGUUAAGCUUGAGACAGCAGUCCGGCCUAGAGGACGAGACAGACACAUGGUGGCACACAGCAGUGCCAGAGUGCUCAUCGCUUCAUAGCUGUCUGGUCGCAGACAGCAGAGCUCGAGGCUGGUAGAUAAGCGUUGAUCCUCAUUAGGCGUGGUCAAGCUCUGACCGCUGUCACGGCCUAAGAGGUGAGGACGAGACACGUGGUGGCACACGGCAGUGCCAGAGUCUCUGCGCUCGUGACGGAGGCCGCUACGAUCGACGGAGGAUACGACAACAUGACAAUAGACUUGUGUGAAGAUAUAAGUGGCGAGUGUAUGUUACACGAGUGUAGUGUGCUAUGUGUAGUAGUAAAGGUAAUUAGUGGCUCAUGAUACCUGGACUAGGCAUAGGGAAGUAAUGGGACACCUAGAGAGCGGCCAUAUUUGAAAUUGUAUAAUCAUGUAAAUUGAUUUGUCAGCCUCUCGAUCAUUAAUAACCUUCUUUAUUACACUAAACUGCCUUGUGUUGGCUAUUGGGAAUGAGCGCUGGUGGCUCAAGAGUCAAGUGUAAUUAGCAAUUUAGUGUAAGUGUGCGUGUACGGUAAAUGUCGGAGUGAGUUGGUAGAGGUGUCGAGAGGGUACACGGACUUUUCGCCGACGGACGUUUCGCCGCCGGACGUUUCAGAGCCAGACGUUUUGCCGAUCGGACGUUUCGCCACCGGACGUUUCGGAGUCGGACGUUUUGCCGACCGGCGUUUCACCGCUGGACGUUUCGGCGCGGGACACUUCAUUUCGGCAUUUCACGCGGGACCUUUA